AUGCACCAGCUGUUCAGCCUGGUUCUGGCCCAGAGGGACCUGUCUCGAGCCGGGGACCUGUUCUCGCUGGACGACUCGGAGAUUGAGGACGGGUUGUCACAGGCCCUGGAGGAUAUCAAGGCCAUCUCUUGCUCUCUGGACUAUCUGACCAAUGACAACGACCAGGCAGUGGUGGAGAUCUGCAUCACGCACAUCACCACGGCGAUCCGGGAGACGAGCUCCAUCGAGCGCCACGGGGUUGCGCUGGUGGGUCUGUGGGAGUCGUGCCUAGAACACAACCUCACACCCCAGGGAGAGACUGAGGACACGCCCCACGCCAAAAUAGCCUCAGACAUCACCAGCUGUAUACUACAGAACAACCUGCUUGACCCCAACCA